AUGUCUGGAGAAAUAUUAGAUAAUUGUCUUUUAAUAAAUAAGGACGAAAAUACGGAGCAAAGUUUGAAAAAUGAGGAAGAUGAACUUUUUGAUGAGAUUAUUGGUCACAUAGAAGAUAUUUUGUUAGAAAGUGAGUUUAAUGCCAUUCAAAAAAAGUUUCUGGACCAAUAUUGGGAUGUUUUUGAGCCCAUAGAAGAAAAUAAAUUAAUUUAUACAAGCAUAUUUAAUGAAUAUAAUAAAACUGUAGAAAGUUAUAUUGUUAAUUACUUAGGAAAAGUAAUACCACAUUUCGACAUAAGCACGUUCCUACAACUUUUAAGUAACAGACAGAAUGAAUUGGAGGGUGAGGUUUUUGAAGUAUUAUCAACAUUCACAGAUUUUGUGGCUUUCAAAGAAAUGUUCCUUGACUACAGAGCUGUAAAGGAAGGAAAAGUACAAGAUCUUAGCUCUGGAAUAUCUGUCACAUGUCUCAAAACAUAUACAGAUGACAAUCAUUCCACCAAAUAA